GCGCGUUGGUUGAACAGAUUUGACUUUCUCCAGUUUCAAUUUUCUCAAGAAAUACUACUGCCACUAUUUUGUAUAGUAGUUGUUACAAUGCUGUAGUAAUUUUCAGAAAGGUUGUGGGUUGACUAUCAUCAUGUUUAGAUUGCCGCUUAUGCGGCGGCUGGCUGGGUCCAGACUGCAGACCCUGCCAGCAGUCAAAUCGGCAACGGCGUGCCAACCACGGUUCGUGCACACGACACCUCCGCAGCAAGACUGGAAGCGAGACUGGGGAAGAUUAAAACGGGGCAUGGAGCGCACCAGGCGAGAUGCUGAGGAGGUGUCCAAGGAGACAGACCAGGCAAAGCGUGCCAAGAUGAUGAAAGAACGCAUGGAGGCUACAAUGCGUGAUCUUGUCAAAGAGGAGCAGAAAGAGAUGAAAGAUGCAGGCGAAGGUCACAACAAAGGAUUGAUGGAGAAAAUCGAAGGUAGAAUGAAGCUGUUCCUUGAUGAGCAGGAAAAGAAUUGGGACAGUAAGCAAGGCAGCAAAGACAACAAAGACAAGAAGUGGGAGUCCAACGGUGGAAAGAGUAGCGGCGGAUCACAGAAGAAGCAAGGUGGCUUUUCUGGUGCGCCCAACUUGGGUCAGCGUGAAUUCUUCACUGGUCUAGUGGUCAUGGCUUGGGUGGCAACGCCGUUUGCCGUAAUAGGUUUCUCAUCACUCAACAGCAACGGCAGCAAAAUGACCUACCCAGAGCUGGUGACCUACCUGCGGACAUAUUCGGUUGAGAAGCUGCGUAUUGUUGGCAAGGAUGACGGUGGAAAGAGUGGCAGUGCUGUGCUGGUUGUGCACCUGAAUGAUGGCAAGACACGUCACAUGGUCAUUGGUAGCACUGCUCUGCUGGAGGAGAAUGUACGGCAGGUGCAGGACGAAAUGGGUGUUGCCGUGUCUCAGCGAGUGCCCAUCUCUUACGAAUACGGAGAUUAUGUUCUGGACACUGCCAUGGCUCUUUGGUUCUACUCUGUGAUGGGCUUGACGGCCCUGUGGUUCUUCACCGGCCGUGGCGCAGCACAAGGUGCAGCCAAGCCUGGUGCGGGUGGAGCAGGCGGUCCUAUGAAUCUCUUCGGCCUUGGACAAUCACGUGCACGCAUGGUCGACAAGGAGUUCUCCAAAGUGCGCUUCAAGGAUGUAGCUGGCUGUGAGGAAGCCAAGCUUGAGAUUAUGGAGUUUGUCAAUUUCCUCAAGAACCCCGAUCACUAUCAUAAGCUCGGUGCACGCAUCCCCAGGGGCGCCAUUUUGUCAGGGCCACCAGGCACAGGAAAGACUCUCCUAGCCAAGGCCACGGCUGGUGAAGCAGCCGUGCCUUUCUUCACCAUAUCCGGAUCAGAAUUCCUGGAGAUGUUCGUCGGUGUUGGUCCAGCGAGGGUACGCAGUCUGUUCUCGGAAGCUCGCCAGCACUCUCCGUGCAUCAUCUUCAUUGAUGAAAUCGACGCUGUCGGCCGGGCUCGCGGUGGCAACGCGAUGAGGGGCAACUCUGAGCGAGAGAACACGCUGAAUCAGCUGCUCGUGGAGAUUGAUGGUUUCACGUCGUCAUCCAAUGUUGUCGUGCUAGCUGGCACCAACCGUUUGGACGUUCUGGACCCUGCUUUGCUGCGGCCUGGUCGAUUCGAUCGGCAGAUCUACGUUGCGCCGCCUGAUGUCAAGGGCAGGUGUGCUAUAUUUAAAGUUCACCUGAACCCUCUCAAGCUGGCUAAGGAUCUCAAUACGGAGCAACUGGCUAGGAGUAUGGCUGCACAUACACCUGGCUUCACCGGUGCGGAUGUGGCGAAUGUGUGCAACGAAGCAGCUCUCAUCGCUGCGCGCCACAAUUGCACGGAAGUCAUGGAGAAGCACUUCCACCAGGCGAUAGAGCGAGUCGUUGGCGGUCUCGAGCGCAAGACGCAGGUGUUGACCAAGGAGGAGAAGCGUCGUGUUGCUUAUCACGAGGCUGGCCAUGCUGUGACAGGAUGGUUCCUGGAACACUGCUUCCCCUUGCUCAAGGUAUCAAUUGUACCUCGAGGCAAAGCACUGGGUUAUGCUAUGAGUCUACCUCGGGAUCAAUACUUGAUGACCAAAAAUGAGCUGUUUCAACGCAUGGUCAUGACACUAGGCGGCCGAGCAGCAGAGGAGGUCUUCUUCAACCAGGUCACCACUGGUGCACAUGAUGACCUGAAGAAAGUCACCAGUAUGGCGUAUGGUCAGGUGCUGAAGUAUGGUAUGGACGAGGAGGUCGGCCAUGUCUGCUUUGACACGCCGGGCGAGAACGAUUUUGUGCUGGAAAAGCCGUACAGUGAGCACACGGCCCAGCUUGUGGAUGAGCGUGCGCGCAAGCUGACGGACGACGCCUAUGACUUCACGCUGAACAUGGUCAGAGAGCAGAAAGAGAACAUCAUCAAGGUUGCUGAGCGUCUCUUGGACAAUGAGGUACUCACACGUGACGACAUGAUUGAGCUGGUCGGCAAGCGUCCUUUCAAGGAGAAGUUCACUUAUGAAGAAUUCGUAGCCGGAACUGGCAGUGAGGAGGAGACGGUACUUGGCUUGAGUGACAUUGAUGUAUCCAAGGACAAGAAUGACGAUGGCGCGGACAAGAAGGAUUCCGACGCGGAGGGGUCCGCAGAAGCGAAAGCAUCCACGGAGCCAACGACCGAAUCAUCCACCUCCCCGACGGGCUCAGAAGCUGCUACUGAAAGCAAACCAUCACCUGAGAGCAGCAGCAAGACCGGUGAUGAUUCAACCGGUACAACUGAGAAACGGUGAUAGCUGUGUGUCCAGUCUGGCCUGAUCUGACGCAGAGCACUACCAGUAAUGUACCCGCUAUGUGCAUAGUCUGACCUGGUCUGGCGGAGAGCCAAACUCACUGCUAAUGUACCAGCUCUGUGUCCAAUCUGGCCUGGUCUGGCGGAGAGCCUAACUCACUGGUAAUGCUGUACCAGUACCUGUACUGACUGGAUCACCAUGCACUCUACUGCUGCUACAGUGACUUCCAGUGCUAUGCUUGCCAGUCAGAUUGAUGAACUAUUCACGUGCACUCCUGGUG